AUGACUGUGCGAAACGGUGGUUUCCUUGGAGACUAUUAUCAUAACAGCUUCGAGGCGCCAGGUGGAUAUGAUGAAGGGUCUGAUAGCCCCAGUGCCUCAGAGGGUUCAAAUUGUUCCAAAAGAAAGUUCGGGGGCUUAAAUUAUACUGACCAGGAAGCAUUUGGUGUCUCCAAAAUGGUAUUACCCUUAUCUGGCUUGUCAUCUUCAGAGAGGAAGGAGUUGAUCCGUAGGCUAAGACAAGAGCUGGAACAGAUUCGUUUCUUCCAGAAAAGUUUCGAGCUUUCAAGAUCACUGGCAGUCUCUGGCUCAUCUGCAAAGAGUUUUGGAAAGUCACGAUGCUCCACGGGGCCAGGAAAGUCUGUGAACCCUAUAACUGCUCCUAAGCCGACUCCUGUCUCCACCGCGGUUGUGCUUCUGAUGAAGCAAUGCGAGGCGCUCUUGAAACGGUUGAUGACGCAUCAGUAUGGUUGGGUGUUUAAUACUCCUGUGGAUGUUGUCAAGCUGAAUAUAAUGGACUAUUUUACUAUUAUUAAGCAUCCGAUGGAUUUGGGAACUGUGAAGAAUAAGUUAGCCUCGGGCACGUAUUCUUGUCCGUCGGAGUUUUCUGCUGAUGUUCGGCUCACCUUCAGCAAUGCAAUGACGUAUAAUCCGCCAGGUCAUGAUGUUUACAUCAUGGCUGAUACGCUUCGCAAGUUUUUCGAAGUGAGGUGGAAGACUCUCGAGAAGAAAUUACCCGGGACUACUGAGCCGAGUAACUCGAAUGUUCACGAGGUUAACGAUGUUGUAAUGCCUGUCCCUGUGGCUAAGAAGCUGAAGACAAUUGCAGUGGAGGUAUUAGAGCCUGUGAAACGGGUUAUGAACAAUGAGGAUAGGCUCAAGCUCGGUAGGGAUUUGGAGUCGUUGACUGAGUUCCCGGUGCAGUUGAUAAAUUUCUUGAGAGAGCACAACUCAAAUGAUGGGGUGAUUGAAGAUGAUGAGAUUGAGAUCGACAUUAAUGAUCUCAGUGAUCAAGCCUUGUUCCAGUUGCGGGAUCUCUUAGACGAGCAUUUGCGAGAGAGCCAGGACAAGAAAUCAAGUGUUGAACCCUGUGAGAUAGAGCUUUUGCAUGGAUCUGUGCCAGGGACUUCUUCAGUGCAACAUUGUGAUGGUAGUGAAAUGGAGGAGGUGGUUGACAUUGGUGAAUAUGAACACCCAAAGUCGAGCAUUUCUCCUGUCAUGAUAGAGAAGGAUCUGGUGUUUGGAAACUCACAUGGUAAUAGCUCGGAAAGUGUAUCGGGUGAUCCUAAAACCUCAAGUUUACUGAGGACAUCAAAGGGGCUUGGAACCAUAGAUCCUGAACCUUCGUUGGAUGGAGCUACAAGCGCUUCCCCAACAAGAGGACCAUCUGUUGGUGGGAUGGAUCAGCUGGAAAGUGCAUGUCAGGAGAAAAUAAGUUGUGUUGAGGAGGCGGGUUGUCAGCAAGAUGGAAAUAGUGCUCAGAAUGAGAAGCAACUACCUCCUGAAAAGGUCUACAGGGCUGCUUUGUUGAAGAAUCGAUUUGCCGACUUAAUCUUGAAAGCUCGAGAGAAAACUGUUAUACAGAAUGGCACACGAGACCCAGAGAAGCUGCAGCGUGAGAGAGAAGAGCUCGAGCUGCAAAAGAAGAAAGAGAAAGCACGAUUACAAGCUGAAGCUAAGGCUGCUGAAGAAGCUCGUAGAAAAGCUGAGGCAAUAGCUGCAGCUGAAGCUGCGGCUGAGGCUAAGAGAAAGCUGGAGCUUGAAAGAGAAGCAGCACGGCAAGCAUUGCUGGAGAUGGAGCAGUCGGUGGAACUGAACGAGAACGCAGAGUUUCUCAAGGAUCUAGAACUGCUCAAAACAGUAGACACAGACCAGCUGAGAGAUGCGGGAGAGGAGGAUGAGCUUGAUAUGUCUCACGAUGGGUUGCGUAGUUUCAGCUUUGGUGGUAGUAACCCUCUGGAGCAGCUUGGGCUGUUUAUGAAACAGGAUGAUGAUGAAGAGGAAGCUGAUCCACUCGCUUCUCCAGCUCCAGGAACUGAAAUAGAAGAGGGAGAGAUUGAUUGA